AUGAAUACGAAUUUCCAACAAUCAAGUUCAAAUGGUCUUGGUCCUGGUGGUUCACGAGAAAUCAGUGAAGACCAGUCUGCUCCCGGUAAACUUUCUGCAUCUCCUUUUCAAGGGCUGUCACAAAAGAGCGAAGAGUUUGCUUGUUCUUACCGUUUGGCGCAUAAGAAACUAAAGCUGAAGGCCCAGGACGUUUUAGAUAUUGAAAUCGAUCCUUAUUUAAAUGUGAACUCAUCAGAAUUAACAGAACAAUCACAAACUCAGGCUAGACUUGAUAGAAAACGACCUUAUCCCGUUUCUCCCCCAGAAGAUUCUUCUGCUAACGCAGAAGGAGUCUCCUCUGACUCAAUCGAGGAUCCUGAUGGAGUUGAUGAGUCACUGGAACAGGAUGAGCCUGCGGACAAAAGGAGUGCUUUCGAUGCGGGUGAAUCAUGUAGUUAUAGAAAUGAUGAUAUUGUUGAUGCAGCUAACGAGAUGAUUUGUACAGAGAAUGGAAUGGCCAAGAUAGAUAUGGUGUGUGAUCGAAUCAAUACCUACGCUGAUGAACUUUUUAAGCAGGAAGAUCCAAAAAAAUUAAUCCCACGUUUUAAACAUUGUUACAUUGAGCCUGUGAGAAGACGAUACAUUUCAAGUUCUAGAGAGUUGAAGGAAAAUUCAAACAAAAAUAAAGAAGAAAAACCACAGCAGGUCCAACCUCAGCCUGUGUUCUACGAACCUAGAGAUUUACCUAGUAUAUUACAAAUUAUUGAGAAAAAUAAGAAUUUUCAAAUGCAAAUCGUUGAUAAGCUUUUAGAACGCAAAAGAAUUGAAACAGCUGCGUAUAAAAGAGAACGUGAAGAGUACACUCGUCUGUUAGAUGAGUGGAAAAGAGUCGUUGACAAGUGGGAAAAGCAUCCGAAAAAAACUAAUCGUGAUACGAAAAACAGGGUCAUAUAUGAGACUGUGUUUCCUGACCUCAAGAAGCUUCGCGAAGAGAAGGAGAGAUCAAAUAGAACCGAGAGGAUUAGUCUUAGACAAGAAGCAACGGCUUCGUAUCUAUCGGUGAAUUCUGAUAAGGAUGAAAGUGAUCGAAAAAUGUUAAAUGCGGCUGCUGUUCCACCCUUAAUGGUUAAGAGAAGCAAAUAUUCUUCAAAUCCUCCAUUUUUUGACAAUAUUGGUAAUGUUUUAAAUGAUAUUGACGACAUGCACAGAAAUGGACUCAAAAAGUUCUUGGCUGGUUGGACGGAAGAAGAAAUUGACAUCUUCCGAGAUAGACUGCAAGUUGUCGGCAAGAAUUACGCUAAUAUUGCUACGUACCUGCCAGGCAAGACUGUGAAAGAUUGUGUUCUGUACUACUAUUUGACCAAAAAGUCCAACAGCUUAAAAUCGUUGUUGCCAAAGAAGAAACGAAAGAUUGCCAAAUCAUAUAAGCCGCCGAUCAUGCCCACGGAAGAAGAACUACAUUUGUAUCAACAAGCAUCUGUUUCAAAUCCUGAGAGCAAUGCUCCAGCUCCGCUCGCUCAGGAAUUAACAUGUGCAAAAUGUGAUCAACGUGUAGAUCCUUCUAUGUCUCGUGUACAAACUCGUUCAAGUUAUGAAAUCAAUGUCAUUGGUUUGGGUAGCAAGAAGGGUCUUGAUAUAGCCAAUUAUUGUGAAAAAUGUCGCAAUGAGGCAAUUAAACAAACGUAUCCCGGUAAAUGCUUUGUCAAAGCCUGUCGUGUAGGAGUGAAGAGAGGAAAAGCACAUAGGAUCAUUCCUAACAGUUUCAGAAAACUCCCAGAAGAUUUGAAAGUAUUUCUCAUACAUGAUCUCAACAUCCUUGAUGAAACUGGAAAGUUCUGCGUGGUGUGCUACAAGAAAAUUGCUAAGCGUAUAGAGCAGGCACAUAAUUGUGAACUAGAUGAUGCUGCCAUGUACUAUAAGUUCCCUGGAUCCAGACCCUGGACUCCUUUCCAGAGAAGUCAAUUGAUGGCCUUAGCCGAGGAAAAAAAUCAGGAGUGGGAUGCGGUGGCUGUGGGAAUGCUUGAAAGAACUCCUGAAGAAUGCAAAGCUUUGCAUGCCCUGUUGUCCAAAAGACUACAAGAAAAGAAAGAGAAGACUGAUCAGGAAACUACUGAGUCUAGUGAGGCCAGAGAAGCUCAAGAAGUGCGUGAUUCACAGGAUUUAAGAGCGUCAGAAAUACGUGAAGCUCAGGAAAUGGAAGAGGAUUCGCUCAUAGAAGAAGAAUCUCAAGACUGUGCCGAUGACUCUGUUAUGGUUCCGGAUACUGAAGCUACUGCUCCUAAGGAAGAAUUACCUUCGAGAGAACCAUCUCCUGAAAUACCGGAACCAGUCUUUACUCCCAUGAAUGAAAUCAAACAGGAAGAGGAUAUGGAUACUUCUGUGAAAUUAGAUUUGCCGGAUAAAACAGAGUCUUUCAAAAUCGAUCCAGGAUCGUUAACUUUGGGAACUCCUGUCAGAGCUGUCGUCAAUAGUACACCGGAUGUACCUUCAACUAGUGAACCAAAAGCAGUUUCUGAAAUGCAACACGAAGAGCAAUUCCUACCUCAAUCUCAAGAAGAAGUGGAGGCUCCUGUAUCCGAAUCGUUGAGCCAAGCUCAACCUAAUUCUCCUUCGAAAUCUCCAUCUCAUCAAAAAUCUAGGUCUCAUUCUCCGAUCUUGCAAACAUCUCUUACUCAACAAUCAUCUUUACAAACUUCUCAACCAAAACCCCAGCCUCCUGUGCCGAUUCCCAUACAACAAGUGUUAACACAUCCACAGGCACAUACACAUUUGAUUCAGGCUCAUUUGCAAGCUCAAGCUCACGCUCAGGCUCAAGCUCAGGCGCAAGCUCAAGCACAGGCUCAGGCUCAAGCACAGGCUCAAGCACAAGCCCAAGCACAAGCCCAAGCACAUGCGCAAGCACAUGCCCAAGCACAUGCACAGUCUCAUGCGCAGUCUCAGGCUCAAGCCUUUGUCCAAGCGCAUGCGCAAGCUCAGGCCCAAUCGCAAGUGCAGGCGCAAGCUCUAGCUCAAGCACAAGCUCAGCAACAGUUGGGGCAUGCUCUUAUUCAAGCUCAAGCUCAAAUGCAGCAGCCCGGGGUGGUGCUCUCCCAGGCAUCUCUUGCUCAAGGAAGUUCCUCUGUUCCAACUUCGGCCAUGACAUCUUCUGCCGCGCUUUCCGGAUUGCAAGGAGCUAAUGCACUUCAAACUGUCUUGUCAUCUGCUGCUCUCCAUCCAUAUUUGUCGUUGUUGCAAGGGGCUAGUACUAGUACGACGCCCUCAUUUAGUGAUCAGUAUCUUUUGAAUCUUCUGACCAGUCAGCAAAUUAAUCCUCAGGACCUUUUGCGCAAUGCAGAUAAGUUCGGAGUCCGAGACUUCAAUACCUUGCUGGCAUGUCUCCAACAGCAACCUCAGCUUCAACAACAACAACAACAACAACAACAACAGCAACAACAACAACAACAACAACAACAACAACACCAGCAGCAGCAACAGCAACAUCAACAGCAGCAGCAGCUCUUAAAAACUAAACAGGUUUUCAAUUCCAUGGCAGAAUCGCUACCUCAACAGUACCAGAAGUGCUCGUUACCAGAACUUGAAGCGUUUAUGGCUAGCACAACUGAUCCUGUGUCGAAGACAAUCAUGGAAAUGUUGAUUGAAAAAAGAAAGAGUGUUGCUCAAAUACCUCAACAGCAGUACCAGCACCAGCUUCAUCUGCAACAGCAGAACCAAGCUUUACUUCAACAGCAGCAAGCUGAGCUCAUGAAAGCUGAACUUUUGAAACAGCAGAAACAAAUCACCUUCCAAAAGCAGCAAGAACUCUUCAAACAGCAACAACAACAACAGCAGCAACAACAACAGCAGCAGCAACAACAACAACAACAACAACAACAACAACAACAACAACAACAACAGCAACAGCAGCAGCAGCAGCAGCACCAACAGCAACAGCAGCAACAAUUACUUGCGCAACUUAAACUGCAGAUGAGACAGAUGCCAAAUCCUCUUAACACUGCAAGUUUUGUUUCUCAAGGAUUAUUACCACAAGUAUCUACUGCCGUUUCUGCUUCAGGCAGUCAAGUGGAUCUUCAUCAGGAGUUACAGAAGAGAUAUAAUGAAUAUAGUAACUUCUUGAAGCAAAGCGCACAGGUUGUUCCACCUGUGUCACAAACUGAACAGGUGACAGAAGCUCCGCAACAAACAGUUCAACAAGUUGUUCAGCAGGCUCAACACCUACAUUCCUUGAUUGUACUGGGUGCUGAAAAGCUCGCUCAAGCAAGUGCUGCCACUGGCUCUCCAGGCACUCCUCAACAAUUCCAACAGUUAUUUUUACGCAACUUGGUCUUACAGUUGCAGGUAAAAUUAGCGCAAGAAGGAACACAAGCCCAAGAAGAAUGUGAUACGGUUACGAAAAAAAUUGAUGAAAUGGAUGAGAGAUUAAAAGCCAUUGAAAAUGAAGAAGUUGCGUUAGCUAGUAGGAAACAGUUCGAAUGGCAAACAAGAGAUUUUGAUAAGAACAAGAAGGAGUUUUCUGAUCAGCUUCAACUCAUUUAUCAGAGAAAGAAGACCUAUGUUUCAAGGAAUGCUGAUUUGAAGAAUACGAGAGAGAAAAUCAGACAGCGAAUUUUACAUAACAAAAAUAUUUCUAUGGAGUUGAAUCCCAUCAGUACUGCUCUUUUACAAAUUCCUGACAGCGCUGGUCCAGUUCUGUCGGCUAUUAUUGGUAAUAAAGAGUUGUUGCCCAGGGUUUAUCAAACUGCUUAUACGCUGUUGCAAACUCAGGGAUAUCUUCCUUCGCAGGCUCAGCAACAAGUUCAGCAAGCUCAACAGCAAGCUCAGCAGCAAGCUCAGCAACAAGCUCAGCAACAAGCUCAGCAACAAGCUCAACAACAAGCUCAGCAACAAGCUCAGCAACAAGCUCAACAGCAAGCACAACAGCAGAUGCAUCAGCAUUUACAACAAGUCCAACAACAGCUACAGCAACAGCAAAUCCAGCAGCUUCUUAAUCAAAGAUUUCUCGAAGCAACUAAGGCCCAAUCUAGUCCACCAAUUCAAAGAUCCGAUCGUGUAAAGCAAGUUAGUAAUAUUGUAGACAAGUUGAAUUUUGCAGGAUUAGAAACAAUAUGUCUACCCACACCAACUCAAAGUCGGCAUCAUCUUACUGCUCCUGCUCAGAGAAGGCUCCCGAGUCCACCUCGCGCGAGUAUAUCCGGAUCACCUCUCACUAUAGCUACAGGAAGUCAAUCUGGAACUCAUUCCGGUUCUUCAACAGUACAAGUAUAG